AUGACACGCAACCCUAAAAAUCAGUCGCUUGUUUUAUCGGAGAUUAAAAGGCGGGCAGAACUGCUUAUUGAGGCUACAGAGACAGCCAUCUCUCUGACGCCGACCAGUUCGCAUUCCGCCAACAAUCUUGUUCUCCUACCCGCUGUACAGGCCAUGCUCAUCUACCAGUGCAUGAGGCUAUUGUCAACUGGCGACAUUGCACAGCAGACUCAGGCGGAGCUAGACGCUAAGUCGCUUGCCCGAUGGGUCGACAUUUUGCAAGAACAGACUCAGUGGUCGUGGGAGAGCCUUUCAAGCGGUACACAGCUCAAUCUUCGCGCCUGGAAAGACUGGGUCCAAGCGGAAAGCAUCCGACGUACAAUCAUCUUUGCUGAGCUGCUACACGGCAUCUACACCUUUCUUAGAUUCGGCUGGUACCAGCCCAGUGCUAGAAUGGCCAAGCUGAGCUUUACAGGACAAGUCGACAUAUGGGAAGCAAGAUCGCCAACGGAGUGGCUCCAAGCUACAGAGCAAAAGCCUUGGGUCGAGUUAGAUAUGUCGAGUUUUCAUGACGGAAUCAAGGCUGUAUCUCCUGAAGACCUUGAUGAAUUGGGAAUCAUUAUCCUGGCAAGUUACGAUGGCGUUGACGCCUUAGAAGAGUGGGUAGGUGGCGAUAAAAGACUGCUUGACAAGUGGGGGCUAAGUGGUGGGAAUGGCUUCUUCUCUUCGUGCCGUUGA